AUGGGUGGGGUGAUGCUGACUGAUGCUGAGGGCAUGUGGAAGGCACAGUCUGCUCAGCUGACCGCUAUGUCUCACCCAGGAGACUACAGUACAGGAGGCUACAGCAGAGGAGGCUACAGUACAGGAGGCUACAGUACAGGAGGCUACAGUGCAGGAGACUACAGUACAGGAGGCUACAGUACAGGAGGCUACAGCAGAGGAGACUACAUUACAGGAGGCUACAGUAGAGGAGGAGACUACAGUACAGGAGGCUACAGUACAGGAGGCUACAGUAGAGGAGACUACAGUACAGGAGGCUACAGUACAGGAGGCUACAGCAGAGGAGACUACAUUACAGGAGGCUACAGUAGAGGAGACUACAGUACAGGAGGCUACAGUACAGGAGGCUACAGUACAGGAGGCUACAGUACAGGAGGCUACAGCAGAGGAGACUACAUUACAGGAGGCUACAGCAGAGGAGGCUACAGUAGAGGAGACUACAGUACAGGAGGCUACAGUAGAGGAGACUACAGUACAGGAGGCUACAGCAGAGGAGACUACAUUACAGGAGGCUACAGCAGAGGAGGCUACAGCAGAGGAGACUACAGUACAGGAGGCUACAGUACAGGAGGCUACAGCAGAGGAGGCUACAGUAGAGGAGACUACAGUACAGGAGGCUACAGCAGAGGAGACUACAGUACAGGAGGCUACAGUACAGGAGGCUACAGCAGAGGAGACUACAGUACAGGAGGCUACAGUACAGGAGGCUACAGUACAGGAGGCUACAGCAGAGGAGGCUGGUUUCGGGCCCUGGCAGCUGUGGGUCACAUUGCUGCUUCAUUACUGUUUGCCCGUGGCCCUGUGACCCCUCUGCCUUCAUUUACACCUGGGUGA